AUGCGUCUAAAAACUUAUAUUUGCAAGCGAACCGCCGUGCAUAAUAAUGUGGAUUACCGGCUGCAGAAUUCGGCAACACAAAGAAGUGCAAGUGGACAUAAAGAUACAGGAAAUAAUGAGAAAACCAACAUAUCACCGCUGAGCUGCGUGGAUUGGAGUAGCAAUGAGGAAAUCUAUUUUGUGAGCGAUGACCACCAGAUCUACAAAUGGAGUGUUGUCACUCGCGAUAUGGUAGAAGUGGCCAAGUUACCCGAUGAUUUCAUACCAACCGAUUUGCAUUGGCUACUUUUGGGUGGACGUAACAGUGGCGGUGGCAAAGGUAGUGAUACGCUACUCAUCUGCAGUAACGAUGGUCGCUUUAUCAUUCUGAAUAAAAGCGCGCGGGUAGAGCGAAAUAUUGCCGCACAUAGCGCAGCGAUUAGUACAGGACGUUGGAGCCCAGAUGGCGCUGGACUAUUGACGGCUGGUGAGGAUGGCGUUAUAAAAAUCUGGUCACGCUCCGGCAUGUUACGCUCCACAGUCAUACAAAGCGAUGAACCAAUCAGUUGUGCGCGUUGGGCACCCAAUUCCACCUCAAUUGUUUUCAGCCAGGGUUGUUAUAUGUCCAUCAAACCGCUGGCGGCGAAUAGCAAGUUGACGAGGUGGCGCGCCCAUGAUGGUCUCGUACUCUCACUCACUUGGUCUACACAUUCGAAUAUUAUCGCCUCGGGCGGUGAAGAUUUUCGCUUCAAAAUUUGGGAUACACAAGGCGCUAAUUUGUUCACCAGCUCUGCAGAGGAAUAUGCAAUCACUUCAGUAUGCUUCAACUCUGAAAAAGAUGUGCUCUUGGUGGGCUCUUUCAAUAUGCUAAAGCUGUGCUCCAGCGCUGGUUGGUCCUAUAGCAGCACUCGCUUCAGCGAACCUGUGGUUGGCUCUUUCUACACUAUGUCCUGGUCCUCGGAUGGCACACAGGUGGCUUGUGGCACCUCCACCGGCAAUCUCGUUGUUGGUUAUAUUGUUGAUCGGCAGUUGGUCUCACGUAAUCUGAAGGCUACAACUACAGGCCGCAAAACUAUACUAUUGCAGGACAUUUCGAAUAGUAGCAGCGAUGUUUUGGACUUUCCUGAGCGUGUCAUUAAUUUUGGCUUGGGUUAUGGUCACUUAAUUGUGGCCACAUCGAAUCAAUUACACAUCUACAAUGAAAAGUAUAUCAAUACGCCGAUUAUUAUUGAUGGCAGGACGGAUGUGCGCGUAAUCGAGGUGGGGAAAAAAUUUUUCAUGGUCUUAGAUGCCACUUCGAUUUGGGUCUACACCUACAGUGGACGCCUACAUUUAAAUCCGCGCUAUCCAGGUCUACAAGCACAAAUACCAUUACUUACCUGGCGCGGAGUAUCGCUGGGACUGGAUGUGCUGGCUAUACGCGAUAAUUCGGAUAACACAGUGCUCCACAUCUUCGACCUUGUGCCAGGCGCCUCACGUCAAUACGAUCCGCAUUCGUUACGUGCAAAAACCCAAAUUUCCGAGAUCUCGGCAUGUCGCGCAGGCACAAUCGACGAUCAGUAUGUCGUGCUAAUCGAUAACAAUCGCGAAUUGUAUAUCACAGAGACGCGUAAUUUAAAUGGAAGUGGUAGCGGUGCAGGAGGUGGUGGUGGUGGUGUAGGUGGCGUAAGUGGUUUAAAUGCUGUGGCAGCGGUCGGCAGCAAUGGCAGUGGCAACACAGACCGCAGCAUUAACGGACGCAAUUCGAAUGGUGGUGAAAUUUACAAAAUUGGCACACAGCUAACAACCGUUAUGUGGGCUAGUGAAACAAACAUAUUGGUGGGCGUGCACGACACCUGUUACAGCAUAUGGUACUGUCCGGGCGAGGGAGCUGCCGAUCCAACAUUGAUUGCACUAACAACGGUCACUGUGGAUGCGACGGAAUUCGGAAAAAACAUCUCAUUGGAGUCGUUUGAGGAUGCCAUUGUCACCUUCCGUUGCGCUGGUGCACUGCUACCCGUCAAUGUGAAUAUCUAUUGUGAGAUUUUGCAUCGCACGCUGAUGGAGGGCCAGUGGCAGCAGGCCUUGAAAAUUUGUCGUCUAGCCCAGAACGGCAACCUCUGGGCUACUCUGGCAGCAAUCGCAACGCGCAAAAAUCAAUUACAGAUUAGCGAGGAGGCUUAUUCGGCGGCGCUGCAGAUCGACAAGGUCAGCUACUUGCAGCACAUCAAGGAAUUGUCCACCGCCAGCCCUGAGCAAAUGGCGGAAAAUUCGCUAAUGCUCGGACGUCUAGUCGAAGCAGAGACUAUUUUACUGCAUAACAAAAAAUACCCCGAAGCUGUUGCACUCUGCUUGCGCAUGCACAAUUGGCGUCGGGCCUUGGAGGUGGCGCAAAAGUACGAACCCGAAUUGUUGGAUAAGGUUUUGGAACAGAGGCGGAGGUAUUUGAAAGCAUUGCAGCGCGAUGAGUGGGACAAGGCAUUUUUACCUUUUCAAGCUGGUGAAAAUAACGACACAAGCGAAUAAAAUGCAAACAGUGUAAUAAACUUUUUAAUUGCU